UCUGCCACGUGUGAAAUUUCCACCUGUCCAGAUCAGGGGUUUGUGUGUUUUUAUAAUGAGAGCACAGGAGCAGAGAUGAGAAAAUAUGUUCAUUUACUUCAAAUUUUUGACGGGAGAAGUGGUCUAUUCAAAUGUGGCAAUUAUGUUUAUAAAUAAUUCAUUAUUUUCUAAUAUUUUCUAACUGAGCCAUUUGGUAAUUAGUUGCUGACUUCUGUCGGAACAGUGUGUGUUUGGAUAAUGUUGCCAAGAUUAACAUAUUUAACGUCCCAUUCCGAUUUUGUCAAACAGAUUUAAACGUGAAAUUUCACCCACGGGAAUGUUCUUCAGUCACAGAUCAGUCCACCCGCAAGACUCGGGUCUUGUGUACUGCAAUUCAGAAAGAGAUUAUUAAUCUGAAUUGAUCAGAGGUAUCGGGCGGUCACUGUUGGUACAGAGUACAUCGGAGUCCGGAGAGUAUAAACUCCUUGAGGUGAACAACAGCAUCCAAAGCUGCAGCUGUUGCUGACUGAAGCCGCACACACAUUCUUGUCGCUGAUAGUGAUCAGUUGCAGCUUCUUUUAUCCCCCAUAUAGAAACAUAGAAACAUUGAAAAUAGGUGCAGGAGGAGGCCAUUCGGCCAUUCGGCCAUUCAUUGUGAUCAUGGCUGAUCGUCCCCUAUCAAUAACCCGUGCCGGUCUUCUCCCCAUAUCCCUUGACUCCACUAGCCCCUAGAGCUCUAUCUAACUCUCUCUUCAAUCCACCCAGUGACUUGUCCUCCACUGCCCUCUGUGGCAGGGAAUUCCAUAAAUAUCAUAGAGUGAGCGGAGCAAAUUUAUGAAUUGCAGUUAGUAUCAUGUUGUGGGAAAUGUUUUAUUAAUUUUACAACAGUAGAAGGCAUACAUCGGCAGAAUGAACACUGCUAAAAUUAACAUUCAUUUUGUCAUUGAUCUUAAUCACUCACUAGGAAGGAUAUUGACACCGACAUUUCCACACAGCGGUAGAGUUUAAUUUGCCUACAGUUAUCUUCAAAUGUGUGACAUUAUAUAUUAAACUGAGUUUUCACUUUGCUCCUAUGUGUGUGCGGCGAUAAGCAGCAACGCAUUUUGCUCGGGGCAUUUUUGCAUUCUCCAUUCUGUUUAUGUGGAGAAUCGCAAUUUGUGAGAUGUUGCAAAUUCACUUCUUCGAUUCAGCUUGAAAGUUUAGUGCAGAUUUCCGUGAUAAAAUUCAGCUUGAUGUUUAAUCUCAUUCAUGUACCUCGUGUUAAAUGCUCAAUGAGAGAGAGACACAGACAGACAGACAGAGAGAGAGAGAGAGGGAGAUGGAGAGAGACGUGUAAACAGAACCUUCGGCGGGGCAGCAGCUGCUGAGGAAAGUAUAAUAGUCCACGUUGGGACUGAUGGACAGAAUUUGUGGAAAGAACAGCAGAGAACAAAUCACCGUUGUUUCUCUUUCCACGGGUACUGAGUGUUUCAGAGUGUUACCUCUGUUUUGAAGAUUUCUCCCAUUUGCUGCUUUCCAGAUAAAUUCAGGCACAUAUUCAGCUGUUGUUUCUCAAUCCCCGUCCACCUCAUUGACGCUUCUAUUUAGUGCCACGUUCAGUCGAUCGUAUAGUUUCUCAAUGUUCACGGUUUUGGUUAAGGUUUAUGUUAUAAACUCCAUCAAAGGGAAAUGCACAUUGCCUGAUCGAGUAGACUUUCGGCAAUCUUUACAUCUCCUUUCUUUUGAAAUCGAUUCGCCUAUAUUGAAUUUUCUGCAGAAUAUUCAGUUGCGUUUGAUGAAAUACCGAUACGUUUUUCAGUUGCUUCCACUUGCUCCACGUCCUGCAUUUUCUAUUAACAGCUAACUUCAGUUUGUCUCUGUUUGAUAUGUCGAUCAGAAAAUAUGUUUCUCCGAAUGGAGACACGAGGGCCUGCAGAUGCUGGUUUACAAAAAAACUCAAUUUGUUGGAAUAACACAUCGUGUCAGGCAGCAUCUCUGGAGAACAUGGAUAGGUGACGUUUCAAACCGGCCCCCUUCUUCAAACUGAUGCUGCCUGACCCGCUGGGUUACUGCAGCCCUUUAUGUCUGUAUCUCUAAAUGUUGUGAUGAAUACAUAGUGAUCUAUUAAAGUGAUGAAAAAUGUCUUCCACGUGUGAAUUUUCCACCUGUCCAGAUCAGGGCUUUGGGUGUUUUGUAAUGAGGGCACAGGAGCAGAGUGGAUUAAAACAAUAGGCUCAUUCACCUUGACAACGGCUGAAUGGAAUAUUGAAAUGUGUUAUUUGCUUUCUAUAAUUAAUUAGUUAUUUUCUAAUGUUUGCUAUUUGAGUCCUUGUUUAACAGUCGCACAAUUCCGUCGGAAUAGGCUACAUAUUUGGAUAAUGUCGCCAAGAUUAACACAUUUAACGUCCCAUUCAGAUUUUUGAAAACAGAUUUAAACGUGAUAUUUCAUCCACGGGAAUUUUCUUCAGUCACAGAUCAGUCCACCCGCAAGACUCGGGUCUUGUGUACUGCAAUUCAGAAAUAGAUUAUUAAUCUGAAUUGAUCAGAGGUAUAGGGCGGUCACUGUUGGGGCAGAGUACAUCGGAGUCCGGAGAGUAUAAACUCCUUGAGGUGAACAACAGCAUCCAAAGCUGCAGCUGUUGCUGACUGAAGCCGCACACACAUUCCUGUCGCUGAUAGUGAUCAGUUGCAGGUAUUUUUUAUCCACCAUGUCACACAGUGACCUGAACAUAUUUAUAAAAUAUAGUUAGUAUCCUGUUGUUGGAAAGGUUUUAUUAAUUUUCUAUCAUUAAAGGUCAUCCUGAUGUAGAAUGAACACUGUUAAAAUCAGCAUUAAUCUUGUCAUUGAACACUCACUUCGAUGGAUAUUGACGCUGACAUUUCCACACAGGGUCAAUGAUCUUCAAAUGCGUCACAUUAUAUAUUAACGGAGUUUUCAGUUUGGCACUAUGCGUGUCCGGCUAUUAGUAGCAACACAUUUAUUUCUCGGGGCAUUUGUACAUUCUCCAUUCUGUUUUGGUGGAGAAUCGCAGUUAGAGAGAUGUUGCAAUUUUAUUUAAAUUGCUUUUCACUUGUUCUAUGUUGGUUAAAGGUUCAGUGCAGAUUUCCAUCACAAAUUUCGCCUUGAUAUUUUAUCUCCUACAUAUACCUCGUGUUAAAUACACAAUGAGACAGUGAGACGCACAAACAGAACCUUCGGCGGGGCCGCAGCUUCUGAGGAAAGUAAAACAGUCCACGUUGGGACUGAUGUACAGAACUCACCUCUGUUUUCUCUCUGUUGAGAGUUUCAGAGUUUUACUUCUUUGUUUUGAAGAUUUAUCUCAUUUGAUGCUUUAUAGAUAAAUUCAGGCACAUAUUCCGCUGUUGUUUCUCCAUUCCCGUCCACCUCAUUAUACAAAUCAGAAAACAAAAGCAGGACAUAUUCAUCCGUGAAUUAUCGGCAGAAAUUGGGCGCUGGCUAAAUCAAACACCAACUUUUCUUCUGAUUUUGUCGUUAAGAUAACAUCACGUCAUUGAAUAUUGUUGGAGCCUGUGUAAUUGACACCACGUUGGCAUCUAAGUAAAUGUGUAGGAAGGAACUGCAGAUUCUGGUUUAAACAAACAACAUGGAAAGACCCAUUGACCACCGAGUCUCAGGCGAGCAGCAAACAUCCAAUUGCAUCAUUAAUCCUGUUUUAUAUUUCCCGUUCUCAUCAAUUCCCCGAAGAUACUGCCACUCAUGCACAUGAGGGAAUAUUUACAGCGGGUAAAUGCCCGUUUUUGGAAUGUAGGACAAAAACAGAACGCGCGGGGGAAACCCACACAGGCACUAGGAGAACGUGCAAAAUCCACACUGACAGCACCCGAGGUCGGCAUUGAACUCGGGUCUAUGACGCUGCCUGCAGUGGCUCUACUGGUUGGAAGGAGCACGUUAUCGGUAUCCUCUAUUUAAUUUUACUACCGCUGCUUCCACCCAGUUGUAGCGAUCUCGGUUCAUUCCUUACCACCGGUGCUGUAUAACACGCUAUUACACUUGCAUCUUCCCUGUGACUGUGCGCGUUUGCCCGGGUGCUCGCGUUUCUUCGCGCAUCCCAAUGAUUUGUUGCUACGUAGUUUAAUUACCUACUGUAAAUUAUCUUGAGUAGAAUGGUCAAACGGAUGAAAGAAGGGUUGAUGGGCCCGAAUGAAGGGAAAUAAGGAGAGGGUAAAUUAAAUCAACGAGACUGUUGUACAGUGCUUGGUAUGGAGCCGAUGGGCUGAAUGGUCUCCUUCUUGUCCUUAGAAGUUUAGAAUGGGAACUGUGUUUUAUACAUGAUGUGUAAUGGUACUGCUUCCGUGUGCAUUAAAUACUUGCAUAAUCGUAAUACACGUCUGAGAAAAUAUGAUCCUAAUGAUUCCCAAAUCGUCAGAUACGAUUGUGCUGUUUAUAUUAUUAUUACUUCGUGAGAUAUAACACUAAAUUAAUGAGCCUAUUGUGCAUGCGAUCAAUUGUCCACUGCAUUGUCCACGGGCCGAGUUUGUGCAAUCGGUGAAAGGCAUAGAAUUGAAUAACAUUAUCUAGAUUCACAAAUUGUAACGCGGGUUUGAAACUGUGAACGUAAAUAGACUUUCCCCACUUCUUGAAAAUCGGUUAAAGGAAAAUGGCAACUGGCGAGACAGUAUCUGUUCCUGGAGCCAAGUGGAUAACAGCACUCAGGUGUGGGAGCAAGUCGUGCCCAGUUAUUGCUGGACAACGCAGGGCACAAACGAACCAACGUGUAACGUUGGAAUAUCAUUCAAGCAUUCUCCACAAGCAAAUCUGAAAAUAAAUAGAGUCAUAGAGUCGUAAAUAUUAGCAUCGCCGCACCUGUAUUAAGAUACUGGAAAGUAGUAUAGAAAUCGGGGGCAGAAUAUCUUCAGUAGUGUGGGAUCAGGUCAUAUGUCCAUCAUGUGGUAGACGCUGUUGAACAAAGAAAAAAUAUCCUGCAAAUGCAUCGGAGGGAAUAUCAUCGUAAAUGUUGUUGGAGGGGAAAUGAAGGAGUGGCUGUCCGCAGACAAUUAAAAUGAUGGAGUUUGGCACACGGGUCAGUUCACUUUGUAUCGCCCGUGGAAAGUAAAAUUGAAAUGAGAAUCUGAACUCGUGACAGUGUGAACCUCACAGACAGGAGCUAUUUCAAGAGUGGGGUUUUUUUUUAAACUGUCAUAUGCACCGAAAACUGAAAAAAAUGAAAACUUUUUUUUAGGGGAAUAAGGAUUGGGUUGAUCACUGUGAAUUGCAUUAUAAAAUUUCCCAUGCGAAAUAUCAGAGUGGCAACACAAUGUAUUUUCAAUCCUACGUAAAAUGUGCCCGAACCUGAUAGUUCACCAGAGGCGAUAGGAGAGUUGUCGUGGCCCGACGGCCCACUUUCCAUGUAUAUUGUUCCCUGUCGUUCUAAAGGGUCACCCUGGUGUAGGAAGGAUGCCAUUAAGAUGGAAAUAAUGCAGUGAAGAUUUACGAGAACGUUUCCAGCACUUAAGGACCCGAGCUGUAGAGAGAGAUUGGGCAAGCUAGGACUUUAUUCCUUGGAGCGCAGGAGACCAAGGGGCGAUGGAGGCGCAUAUAAUCACGAGAGGGAUUAAUAAGGUGAAUGGCACAGAGUAUUUUAAACCAGGAUAGGAGAAAUUAAAAUAACAGAGGCUAAAGGUUUAAGGGGUCACAGUUUAAGGAUAAGGGGGAAAUCUUUUAGGACCGAGAUGAGGAAAACCUUUUUCACACAGAGAGUGGUGAAUCUCUGGAAUUCUCUGCCGCAGAAGGUAGUUGAGGCCAGUUCAUUGGCUAUAUUUAAGGGGGAGUUAGAUGUGGCCCUUGUGGCUAAAGGGAUCAGGGGGUAUAGAGUGAAGGCAGGAACAGGAUACUGAGUUGGAUGAUCAGCCAUGAUCAUAUUGAAUGGCGGUGCAGGCUCGAAGGGCCGAAUGGCCUACUCCUGCGCCUAUUUUCUAUGUUUCUAUGUUUCUAAGAUGAGACGGGAAAGGAUCCAGAGGGGCGUUUUUUCCAGACACAGGGUGGUGGGUAUAUGGAACAAGCUGCCAGGGGAGGCAGCUGGGGCAGGUAUUUAAGGUACUUACUGCGUUUAAAAUUCAGUGAUCAGGUACAAGCAUUCGAACGUUUUAGAGAGACAUGGGCCAAACGUGGGCAAAUGGAACUUGCUUAGAUGGGAUAAUCUGGCCGUCAUGGACCAAAUUUACCACAUCGGUAAAUUGUAUCCAGAUCUCUGUAGAUCUAACAAUACAUGUCAUUACAAAAGAGACAGGAUACGAUUUUUUUGACUGCUGAUACUCAUUUACAGUAACUUUUAGAUGUUACUUUUUUAAAGAUGCUUUAUUAAAGCAGGUGGGAAGGUGAAACAAUUCUCUGUAGCGGUUCGGAACGCUGCCUCUCAGGUUACUAUCGGGACUUUUUCCGGUGAUGGUUUCAUUAAUGAGAUGCCCACCUCCCCAUGGACCCAUUCGCUCCAACAUCCCAACCCCAUCACUCCACCCGUCACACAGUCAAAUCUCAUUCUUUAUUUCUCAUUUCAGGCCGCCCCGGGGAUUGUCAGGCGGACCCUUCAGAAAGCGUGAAGUUGAGGCUGGUGAACGGGGGCAGUCCAUGCGCCGGGAGAGUGGAGGUUCACUACAAGGGGAACUGGGGGACUGUGGAUGAUGGCGGCUGGGACCUGCAGGACGCGGCGGUGGUGUGUCGGGAGCUGGGCUGCGGCGCCGCGGUGAAAGCCCCGGGCGGAUCUCACUUUGGACCGGGGUCCGGACCCAUUGUGACGUAUGAUGUUGAAUGCAGCGGGAACGAGACCGCUCUACGGGAGUGUAAAUCAUAUCCAUGGGGGCACUAUCCCUUUCCACACUCCCGGGAUGCCGGCGUUAUCUGCGAAGAUCACAGAGGGCCAAGAUUGGUAUCCAAAGAUGAUCAGUGCUCGGGAAGACUGGAAGUGCAGUAUGGUGAAACCUGGGGAACCGUGUGUGACCUGGCCUGGGAUAUGGAUGAUGCCAAUGUGGUGUGCAGUCAGCUUCAUUGUGGAGUCGCCGUGUCUGUUCCGACAGGGGCUUAUUUUGGAAAGGGAACUGGCAUUGUACGGAGCGAUGUAUUUGAAUGUAAGGGUAAUGAGACAAGCCUGUGGGACUGUCCGCGUUCUUUAGGAACUCUUCAUUGCAACCACACGAGCGAUGUCAGUGUGAUCUGUUCUGGUGAGUGCCAGCUUUGGAAACUAAUUAUUAAUAAACACUCAUUAUACUUGGAAGAUAGAGAUGAGAUCUCGCCAUUUACUUUUAUCAAAUGGUUAUAAAAUGCUGGAAUAUAAUUGACCAGUGCACGACUUUGAUGUGAUAUUGGCAAACGUUUUAAUCGGCUAAAACAAUUUGAAUAAUUUCCUAUAGUCCAACAUUAUUGAUGGUUUACAAUGUGGAGUUCAGAAGGAGGAAAUUAACAAUAUAUUUAGAUGGUGAUAUCCAUGCGAUGCAACAGCGAUUGUCCAAUGAAUCCCAAUCAAAAAGACGGCAGAAAAAUGCAUGACAUUUAAAAGUAAAUUUAUCCCAUGAUUUACAUUUUUUGUUAGGAAUGAUUUUGUUGUCAUAUGAUCCUAUUAUAAAUGGGGAACCAAUUAGUGCAUUAGAAAAUAGCGCAGUGAACGAUUACUUCCCAUCAGCAUUUACAAUAAUGUACAAGGAAAUAACAUCCUGAUCACUGAGAGUGAAGAACAUCCCUGUGUAAUCAGAGACCGUAUCACGGCA